ACAUUAGUCUGUAUCUGCUGCAAACCUGUCACUGAUCUUGUUUACACCAGCACGCAUGGCAAGUGGCCAAGAAUCAAAAGCUGGAGUUGGUGGAAAGGGACACGGAGAAUCUGGGUAAUGCGAGAAGGACCGCCACGUAAUUUGACAACCAGGGACCAUGUCGCAUGGAAUCCUUGGUUCUUUGGCUUACAACCGUCACACUUAAUACGGCGUGCGCGAACAAAAAAAUAAGAUCUGUGUGCUCCCCAACCUUCUCCUGGUGCGUGUCAAUUUCCUACUGAAAGCAUCCAUCCAAUGCAAGAUCCGCUAACUUAAACGGACGGCUCGGAUUUACCCAGUAUCUAAUCAUUUGCUGUACGAGAUCAAACAGCCAACGCCGACCCUUUUGCAGCUGUUAUCAUCCCUAUCCAGUAUCCAUUUGCAUUCUUUCAAUCCCUAAAAAUUUUUCCUGGUCAUUCGCCAUUUUGGUUUGAGUCCUCUUCGCUUCUUUCGACUUCUCUCUGGUUUUGAUCGUCUCUGUCCUCCCUCUUGCUCUGAUCCAUCGAGAAACCUUAAAAGGUGGCGCCUUUUUAGGUUUUUUCCGAUACCAAACCUCCCAAGUCUUCGCCUUUUUUUUCUCCCCACUGAGCUCCCUUCUAUCUUCUUCUUCUUUACCCCCAAUCCACUUUUUUUUUUUUUGAUUGUUUGAAGUUUCCUUUGGUUUUGAUCCUGUCCCUAUCCUCCUCCUUUCUCUGAUUUAUCGAGAAACCUCUCAAGGUGACACCUUUUAGGGUUUUUCCGAUCUUCAAACCUCCCAAAGCUGGCGAAUUCCCAGAGGAAAUGGAAGGUGAUGAGAAUUCAAGUCCCCGAUCCCCGCUGGAAGGAGAAUCGAGCCCUCGGCAUCCCAAUUCACUUAAUCCAGUCCCUCCAGUGCUCGGCCGGGAGGGCCUUAUCGACCGGACUCAGUUCAUAAGGAUCAUUAUUCAAGCCCUCUACUCCCUCGACUACCGGAAGGCUGCUGCGUUGCUGGAAUUGGAGUCCGGAGUUCAUCUCGACUCACCAGAGUACACCUCCCUGUUGUUUGAUACUAUGGCAGGCCGGUGGGACGAAUGUGUCGCGAUUAUUAAUUCCAUUGAUGAAUUGGAGGCGGAAGUGCGAGCCACGGCCUGCUUUCUUGUCCGGAAGGAGCAAUUCUUGGAACUUUUGGGGUCCGGUGACGGGUUGUUGCCGGCGAAGGAUGUGCUCUGGAAAAGGAUUGCUUCAUUGGAUAUGGAUCGGCGGAAGGUGCACAAACUUGCCCGGUCGCUUAUUUCAUCUGAGGGCAUCCUCACAGAGGAGAACAUGGUGAGCAGGAGGAUUAAAUUGUUGUUGGAUUUGGUAGAGUUGCUUCCACCAUGGGUACGGGUGCCGAGCGGAAGGUUGGAGCAUCUUGUGGAGACUGCAGUUCUUAAACAGACAUCAUCUUGUUUUUACCAUAACUCGCCUGAUGCUGUUACUCUGUAUGUGGAUCAUGAGUGCAGCCAAGAGCAAAUUCCUUCAAAGUGCAUCCAGACCUUAUAUGACCAUAACAAUGAAGUGUGGUUUGUACAGUUCUCGAACAACGGAGAGUAUCUGGCAACAUCUUCUAGGGAUUGCACAGCGAUUAUAUGGAUGGUAAAAGAUGAUGACACUGUCUUGCUGAAGCACAUUCUAGAGGGCCACAUGAAACCUAUCUCCUUCGUAGCAUGGAGCCCUGAUGACACGAUGCUGCUCACAUGCGGCAAUGAAGAAGCCCUUAAAUUAUGGGAUGUCGAAACUGGCAUGUGCAAACUUACAUUUACCAGUCUGGUGAAUCGAACCAUCAGCUCAUGUGCAUGGUUCCCAAACUCUGAUAAAAUAGUGUGCGGCAGCUCGGAGCCUUAUAACUGCAUCUUCACAUGUGAUCUAGAAGGCAAGGAACUGGAAGUUUGGCAGGGAGAGAGGAUGCCAAAGGUCUCUGAUCUUGCUGUGACACCGGAUGGGUGCUGCUUGAUCAGUAUAUGUUCCAGUAGAGAAAUAUGGAUACGUGACUUCCCCAGGGGAAAAGAACGGUUCAUACGUGAGGAUCAUUCAAUUGCAUCACUCUCUCUUUCAAGGGAUGGACAGUCCUUGAUCGUCAACCUGAACAGUGAGGAGAUUCAUUUGUGGAAAGUCAAUGCAACAUCCGAUGUGCCAGAUAAAUUUAGAGGUCACAAGCAGGGGAAGUAUGUAAUCCGAUCUUGCUUUGGUGGAUCAAAUUGCCUGUUUAUUGCCAGUGGCAGUGAGGAUUCACAGAUCUACAUUUGGCAGCGACAUCAUGAAACGCCAAUCAAAGUCUUGUCUGGUCAUUCAAAGACUGUCAACUGUGUCAGCUGGAACCCGACGAAGCCUCAUAUGUUGGCAUCAGCAAGUGAUGAUGACACGGUCCGGAUAUGGGUAGCCAAUAGAAAUCCUACAAAGAUCUUUACAUGAGACGCAUCGACAUCUUUCCUCUUUCUUUCUUGUAAAUAUGUGUAAAUCAUGAGUAAUUCAGAUAUCGUAAUUCUACAUCAUUUGUUUGUGCGCUCUGUCGAAUAAUUCGAGUUUUUUGUCAGCAAAUCCAGUGUAAAAGAGGCCGAUAUCAUCUGUCAGAUUUUCAAAUAAGAUAUGUUUUUUAAAAAAUAUAUAUGUAUCUGGGCUUUAGACGUGGUGAAUCAUGAACAUUCUCAUUCUUAGCUUUCUAUUAUUGAAA